AUGGCAGGCGGCAGCUCAGACCGGCGCAGUACCAGCAUAGACAUACUGCGCUCCGAGCUCGACAACAUCCAUGAGGCCGAAACCCUGGUGCCAUCUCGGCCGAGCCUAAGGGACGAAUCGCCCCCAGCUGGGGGCGAAUCAAUCGAGACCGGAAGACGCGCCAAUGCAGGAAGGAGCAGCUCAGCACGAAGGUCGAAUAGCAGCACUCGGAGAAGCGAGUCUGGGGCACAUAUCAGAUUCUCGGAUGAUGCAAGCCGUCGUGAAAAUCGCCGUGGGUACGGACCCUCCCACCUGCAGCUUGACACGGACCUCUACCCCAUCCAGAGCAGGGUUGAGGAUACCGAAGCCGCAAGGCGAUGGCGGGAGAGCCGAGAUGGUCCUUCACAGCCGGAGCUGUCAUCCCCAGUACUAGCUGGCGGGCUGGAAGCCGGGGAAUCGAACGCCAAUAGGGUCAGCUUCGCGUCGCAAGCGGUGGCCAGCUCCGGGCCGGCAGCUCGUCAUCGGCGGCUACGGCUCAGAGGGAUCGGGGGAAACGUAAAGAAUGUGGCAAGCGCCGCGGAAGCCAGCGCAAGGGUCUCACGCGCGAAAGACUGGGUGGCUCGACAGAGAGCUCGGACGAAGCGCCUCAAGAGGGCACCCACAGGCCGGCUGAAGUUGAGAGUUGCGGCUUUGUACAAGAAGUGGAUUUACGAAGGGCUCCUGCGCCAGAAGCCCCUGCCUCCAAGCGUCGAUGGGAGGCAUAUCCCUCUCAAUCCCGGCCAGGCUCGUCGCAAAAGCCUGACGGACGAGCGGACGGGAAAGCCGUACAUUUCAAACUUUAUCAGCAUGGCCAAGGAGGGCUGGGACGACUACAGAAGAUACAAGCUGGACAAGCUUGAGAACAGGACUGAGGUGUGGGUUCUGGACCCCGCUAGGAGCUUGUCAAGUGAGAAGCGGCACGGCAAGCUUCGAGAGAAAUUCCGAAGACGUCGUGAAGAUGUGGCUGGUGAGAUGCAAGAGCUGGACCGGGUAGAAGAGCGGGAAGACGAGAACCCCCCAUGGUCUGAAAAUGAAGACGUCCAGUGGUCCAAAGUGCAAUGGGAGGAAGUUCGUGUCGGCGAUAUCAUCAGACUACGCAGAGACGACAACAUCCCCGCCGACAUGGUGCUCCUUCAUGCCACGGGGCCCAAUGGCAUCGCUUACAUCGAAACGAUGGCACUGGAUGGCGAAACAAACUUGAAGAGCAAGCAGGCGUGUCCCCUCUUUACGAAACACUGUGGUUCUCUAUCGGCACUGAACUCAGUACAGGCGGAAGUGGUCUCGGAAGACCCCAAUCUAGACCUAUACAACUACGACGGCAGAGCUGUUGUCGAUGGAGAGGCCAUGCCUCUUACCCUGAACCAGGUCGUGUACAGGGGCUCGACACUGCGGAACACGAACGAGGCCGUCGGUAUUGUGAUCAAUACUGGGGAAGAAUGCAAGAUCCGCAUGAACGCGAGCAAGAACGUGCACGCCAAAGCACCAGCCAUGCAGUACAGGGUCAACAAAAUUGUCAUUCUUUUGGUUUUCGUUGUCAUCAUGCUCUCUGUCGGCUGUUCUAUCGGCAACAUCAUUUGGGUAGACGACUAUGAGAGGCAUGCAUGGUACUUGGACGACGGAUCAGUGGCUUUUGGUCAGAUUCUCAUCGGCUUCGUCAUCGCGUUCAAUACCCUGAUCCCAUUGAGUCUAUAUGUCUCCUUGGAAAUUGUCAAGAUUGGCCAGGUCAUGCUUUUAAGAGACAUCGAUAUGUAUGACCCUGUGUCGGACACCCCCAUGGUCGCUAAUACCACAACAAUCCUUGAAGACCUGGGUCAGGUCAGCUAUGUCUUUUCGGACAAGACAGGAACUCUGACGGAGAAUGUCAUGCGAUUUCGCAAGAUGAGUGUAGCGGGUACAGCAUGGCUGCACGACGUGGACCUGCGACGCGAGGCUGAGAUCAGGAAGAAAAGACAAGCACAGAUUGAGAUGUCAGGAGCCAAGUCCACCAAGGGCAAAGAGAAUCAGACCGCAAGAGCUUCCAUGCACACCAUGAGGUCGGAGCCUGUCGAGGAAUUCCUUCUCGAGGAGCAAGGAUCAAACCUGGGCCCAAUCCGGAGGGCAGACUCGGUCUGGACGUCUACAUCGCGACCGAGUAAUCCUCAGCAGUUGAGAACGGACGAUCUUAUUCAGUACAUACGGCGGAAGCCCAGCUCACCGUUCUCGAAGAAAGCGCGAUACUUCAUUCUGUGUAUUGCCUUGUGCCACACCUGCUUGCCAGAAAAGAAAGCAGAUGGUGAGAUACAGUUCCAAGCCGCUUCGCCUGAUGAGCUAGCGCUCGUUGAAGCAGCUCAAGAUCUCGGAUACCUUCUCAUUGAUCGCUCGUCGCAGAGCAUCAAGCUGGAACUUACAGACGAGAACGGUAUCACGGCAACCGAGACUUACGAGGUUCUGGAUGUCAUAGAAUUCAGCUCAAAGCGCAAACGGAUGUCCAUUAUUAUUCGCAAGCCAGACGGUCGGAUAUGUGUCUUCGUUAAAGGUGCUGACAAUGUUAUUCUGCCCCGGCUUGAGCAGAGCAGAUUAGCCAUGGAAACUGCCUCCGCCGUCGACCGCAGGGCUAGCCUGCGCAAGAGCAUGGAACAGGAAAAGGCUUUGCGGAAGAUGAGCCUGCACAGCGCGAGGAAUAGCACUUCUGUUGCUCGGGUGACCAGCAGUCUCACAAGUAGAGCAGGCAUAUUUGGGAGAAAGAGCACCACGAAGCGAUCUGCAAGCAUGCAAAGGAGACGAUCAAGUGCGCUUGUGGAUGAGGUUGACUCGUGGAUCACCAGUCGCGAAAGGGACACAUCUGGGAACGGAGAGAGUUACCAGUCUCAGCAACCCAGUGGGGCACGUGGGCUGUCGAUCGAACUGCUCCAGUCUCCGUUGGCAAUAGAUGACCCUUAUGACGGCAUGGUCGACGAGAAUGUUGCCGUGAGCGACAACGAAGUCUUCGAGCGCUGCUUCCAGCAUCUCGAUGAUUUCGCUUCCGAAGGCCUGCGCACUCUAGUGUAUGCCUAUCGCUACGUGCCUGAAGACGACUACAACCAGUGGAAAUCGGUCUAUCUCGAGGCAACCACGAGCCUUGUUGACCGCCAGACACGCAUCGAAGCUGCCGCCGAAAUCAUCGAGCAGGGCUUCGAGCUGGCUGGUGCUGCCGCCAUCGAAGAUAAGCUUCAGCAGGGUGUCCCGGAGACGAUUGACAAGCUUCGCCGUGCGAAUAUCAAGGUCUGGAUGCUCACGGGCGACAAGAGGGAGACAGCCAUCAAUAUCGCCCAUUCUGCGAGGAUAUGUAAGCCUUUCUCGGAGGUUUACAUUCUUGAUGCCACCGAGGGCGAGCUCCAGGAGAAAAUCGCCGCAACCCUCGUCGAGGUUGGACGCGGAAUGAUAAUGCAUCCUGUUGUUGUUAUCGAUGGGCAUACUCUUGGCGUGGUCGAAGACGACGAGUCGCUCAAGGUGUUGUUGUUUGACCUCGUGGCCCGCGUCGACUCUGUCGUUUGUUGCCGCGCUUCACCAGCGCAGAAGGCGACCCUCGUCAAGUGCAUCCGUACGCAAGUCCCGAAUUCUCUAACCCUGGCCAUAGGAGAUGGCGCAAACGAUAUCGCCAUGAUCCAAGCUUCCCACGUCGGUAUCGGCAUAUCGGGUCGUGAAGGUCUCCAGGCUGCCCGUAUAUCGGACUACUCCAUCGCGCAAUUCAGGUUUCUGCAGAAGCUCCUAUUUGUGCACGGGAGAUGGAACUACAUCAGGACUGGCAAGUACAUACUGGGCACUUUCUGGAAAGAGAUCGUCUUCUACAUCGUACAAGCCCUGUACCAGGAGUACAAUGGAUACACAGGGACGAGUCUAUACGAAUCUGCAUCCCUGGCCGUAUUCAACACCCUUUUCACAUCGCUAGCUGUCAUCCUGGUGGGUAUGUUCGAACAAGAUAUCAAAGCCGAGACCCUCCUUGCGGUGCCCGAGCUGUAUACCUACGGGCAGAAGAACAAGGCCUUCAACAACUGGAAGUACUUUGGCUGGAUCUCCAUGGCUGUCAUCGAAGCCGUGCUCAUCUACUACGGGGUCUGGGGCAUCUUCAUGAAGAUUAAUUUCAGCGUAGACAACACGCUCUUCGCCAUGGGUGACCUCGCAUUUACGGUGUGCGUCUUGUUUAUCAACAUUAAGAUGCUUGUCUUGGAGCUGCACAACAAGACCCUUGUCACUUUCAUCGGCUUUUUCAUCAGUGUCGCCGGCUGGUUUCUCUGGAAUCUGUUUCUCUCAGCUAUCUAUGAUUCGCGAGUUGGCCCGUACAUCGUGCGUAAGGCAUUCAUCUACAACUUCGGACGCCAGCCGACGUGGUGGCUCACCGCAAUCAUGGCGCUCGCCAUGGUCAUCGUUUUCGAGCUGGCAGUCAGCGCCGUGCGCCGCAUCUUCUGGCCCCAGGACCAGGAUCUGAUACAAGAGACUGAGAAGUACGCCGGCGUCCUGGACGUCAUGAAGGAGCAUGCUGCGGAGUUGGGCGAGGCCAGUGUCACUGCCGCCGGCGGAGACGGGAAGGGAGCGAGCCAGGACUUGGCGGCAAAUGUCCGCACAUCGCAGCAUGAGUGGAACGGCUACGGCCAGCGUGCUGGGAGGAGACGGAGUCGGAAGAUCAGCGGUGAUGUCUAUGCGGCACCGCCUUUCACGGCGACGCCGGAGGAGAGGGAUUUGGAUCCUCUGGAUGAUGCUGGGUCUCUUGUUGGGGCGUCCGGGGACAAUGUGAAGGGAAAGCGGCAGUCUGUCAGGACAAGUGCCUACCAGGUGGAUCCGUAG